UCGUUUGCCCCUGCAUAAUGGGUGGAAAAAAAAAACCUAUAUAUAUGGCCCAUUUCCACAAGAAAAAAAAAAUUAUCGCAAGAACAAAAUGGCCUCCCCAGCUUCUAACUACAAAGUCGCCGACAUCUCCCUCGCCGCUUUCGGCAGAAAGGACAUCGAGUUGUCCGAGAACGAAAUGCCAGGUUUGAUGUACAUCAGAAAGAAGUACGGACCUUCUCAGCCUUUGAAGGGUGCUAGAAUCGCUGGAUGUUUGCACAUGACCAUCCAGACCGCUGUGUUGAUCGAGACCUUGGUUGCUUUGGGUGCCGAGGUUACCUGGUCUUCCUGUAACAUUUUCUCCACCCAGGACCACGCCGCCGCUGCCAUUGCCGCUGCUGGUGUUCCAGUUUUCGCUUGGAAGGGUGAGACCGAGGAAGAGUACUUGUGGUGUAUUGAGCAGCAGUUGUUUGCUUUCAAGGACGGCAAGAAGUUGAACUUGAUCUUGGACGACGGUGGAGACUUGACCACUUUGGUUCACCAGAAGCACCCAGAGAUGUUGGAGGGUUGUUUCGGUUUGUCCGAGGAGACCACCACCGGUGUCCACCACUUGUACAAGAUGUUGAAGGACGGUAUCUUGAAGGUUCCAGCCAUCAACGUCAACGACUCUGUCACCAAGUCCAAGUUCGACAACUUGUACGGAUGUAGAGAGUCCCUCAUCGACGGUAUCAAGAGAGCCACCGAUGUUAUGAUUGCCGGUAAGGUUGCCGUUGUCGCUGGUUUCGGUGAUGUUGGUAAGGGUUGUGCCAUGGCCUUGAGAGGUAUGGGUGCCAGAGUUAUUGUCACCGAGAUUGACCCAAUCAACGCUUUGCAGGCUGCUGUCUCUGGUUAUCAGGUUGCUACCAUGGAGGAUGUUGCUUCCAUUGGUCAGAUCUUCGUCACCACCACCGGUUGCCGUGACAUCAUCACUGGUGCUCACUUCUCCCAGAUGCCAGAGGACGCCAUUGUUUGUAACAUUGGUCACUUCGACAUUGAGAUUGACGUUGCUUGGUUGAAGGCCAACGCCGAGUCUGUUGUCAACAUCAAGCCUCAGGUCGACAGAUACUUGUUGAACGGUCGUCACAUCAUCUUGUUGGCUGAGGGUAGAUUGGUCAACUUGGGUUGUGCCACUGGUCACUCUUCCUUCGUGAUGUCCUGCUCUUUCUCCAACCAGGUCUUGGCUCAGAUUGCUUUGUUCAACGCUGAGAACGACGCCUUCAAGGCUGAGUUCCCAGAGUUCGGCAAGAACUCCAAGUUCGACGUUGGUGUGCACUUGUUGCCAAAGGUCUUGGACGAGACCGUUGCCAAGUGUCACUUGGACCACUUGGGUGCUAAGUUGUCUGUUUUGUCUGACACUCAGGCUGAGUACUUGGGUAUUCCAAAGGAAGGUCCAUUCAAGGCUGAAAUCUACAAGUACUAA